AUGCUGUUUAAUCUGCAUCCUACGAAAUCAAAUGCUCAAGCGAGCCUGAAGAAAGAUAGCGCCCAUGUCGAAGAUUCAACAGGCUCCUCUACGUGGACCAACAAGAUGGUUCCCGAUUUAUCGUUCUUGAGUAACAAUUUUUCAAGCGACUCGAUUAACGUUUACGAUUCCUCAACAAAAACAGCUUUUCUGGACGACUUGGGUCUCUCCAACGCAUCGGCGGGGGAUCGCCCUUUAGGCAACCAUUCGAUGGAGGGAAGGAAAGUCUCGAUCACCCCUACUGAUGUUAACUCUCCUAGAUUAUCGUCCUCUCCAGUGAUACAAGCAUCAGCUCAACAUCGAACUCGAACUUCGAAUUAUUCUGAUUUACCAAGGCCCAAGUCGUUGUAUGUGGGUGAUGCAAUGAACUUUGCAUUGAGUGAGGAAAACGCAAACAUGAGCUUACUGAAAUCGGAGAAACGAAAUUCAUUCCAGUAUCUUGAUAGAUCUAUUUAUACACCUCAUCUUUCGCCUCAGCAGUCAGAGCAUCGUAAACCGAGGUCUAGGUCAACGUCGCCAAUUCGCUCUAGAUCAUCGAGAAGAGGCUCACAGUCCCCUGUUAGAAACAUCGCCUCGACAAGAGGCGGUUCUCCUGUGAGAACACCUUUCAAUUUCAAGCCUCAGGAUAUAUCUCAAGGCUCGAACUCCUCAUUGGUUGUUAAACCUGCUCAUCGUAAGGGCCACAGGUAUAAACAUUCGUCAGUCUCAAUGAACUUCUUCCAGGAACCUGCCUCGAUUGCAGAUCCAGUGUUGCAGCAAAACCUCGUGCCACAUCUGUAUCCCAUGCCAAACAUCACAGAAUCUUGGGCAUCAGCAGACACCGUGCAGAGAUACAAUGUGUUUCUAGCAUUUUCUCAUUUUGUGAUGUCUAUCGCAGUGUAUGUAUCAGGGACCAUGAUUGGUGAAGCUGCCUUCUCUACGCUUUCGCAUCUCGUGUUUUAUGAUUCUCUCGGUUCGUUUGUAUUGGCUACUGUCACUAUAUUAUCAAAUUUUGAUGUUUGGAAGAAGCCCUCUAUCACGUAUCCAUUCGGUAUCGGACGACUUGAGGUCCUAAUGGGGUUUGGUCUCAGCACCUCACUUGUCAUGGUGGGGUGUGAUCUCAUUUCACACUUCAUAGAGGAGUUGAUUGUAAAGCUUGCUGUUGUUGAAGCCGCUGAUAGUACAGACCAUGGGUCACACCAUAUCCACGAAUCUGGUGACAAACACAAUUCCUUUGUACUUUAUGAAGUGAUUUUGUCUCUAGUUUUGGUCAUUACGUGGCUAACAUCGUCAUUUAUCAUUGACAGCGGAAAGCUCUACAAGAUGAUGGUAGGUACGGACUACACUAAAACCAAGCCUCAGCUGAAAUCAAGUGAGGGUGUUCUAAAUUUUUUGGAACACAAUGGUCCUCUGUUUAGAGAGAGAGCAAUAGCGUUUCUAGCGGCCUUGGUCAAAAAUCCUAUGCGUAUCAUUACGCUAUCGUACACUACAUUUUUGAUGCUAUCACCUCUAGCUCCUAAAGCGUUGGUGAAUGACUUCAACUUCGAUGUGGAUGAGGCUUCAACACUAGUGGUUGCUUUCACACUCAGUUAUGCUGGAUGGAAGCUUGUUUCAACUCUUGGUGGGAUCCUCUUGAUCUCGUUUCCUUAUACGGAAUACGACUAUAGUGUUCUUAAAAGCACGGUUAUCGAGCAUAUAAUGGAUCUCGAAAGCUUCAAAACAUCCUACUCCUUAAGUCAUCUACACAUUGCCAAAGUUGAUUAUCAAAUGUAUGUUGCGGGUGUGAAAGUUGCUAUGGAAGGAGGGAGUGCCGACGAUGAAUCGCGUUUGCUUUUUGAACUAGAUCGAAUUUUUCGCAACGCAAUGGAAGCUUUUGAAAGGGACAGCUUUGUUGAAACCACAAUUGAUAUUGAACGGGUUUAG